CAGCGCGCGCGCACACACACACACACACACACACACACACCCCUGCCUCAGCCACUGUAGAAGUGCCUCGCUGCUCCCUCGUCACACCUCUGACACCUCAGGUCAGCGUGGAGUUAGCAGACGAGGCAGAAGGCCGAGGAGAGACUGUACAGCGGCAGGCCUGCGUGGACCGAUGCGCUGGAGGAUGCCAGGGUUUUGUAAGACGAUGGCGGGUGGAGUGCUGCUCUCGCUGAGCCUCGCUCUCCUCGGGUGGGGAGCGGAGGGGGGUAAGAAGGAAGUAUCAGGCGGGGCUACCGUCUACCUCGGCCAGGACAGAGACAUCUGGAGGCCGCUGAUGCACACGGCCGUGAACCUCAAUGAGAUCCGCAGCAUCAAGUCCUCGUUUUAUCUACGGACGUUCGACCCGGAGGGGACGGUUUUCUACGGAGACACCAAAAACGGGCAGGACUGGUUUAUUUUGUCCCUGAAAGACGGCAUCCCCCUGAUGCAGAUCAGCAGAGGAGAAAGCCUGGUCAGCGUGGCCGGAGGCCCCAAGCUCAACGACGGGAAGUGGCACUUGCUGGAGGUGAGCAACCAGGAGCCCUUUGUGAUUCUAGAGGUGGAUGGCUCCAAUAGGAUGGUGGUGGGCAUGCAGUCCAAGCAGACAAUGGAAAUCCUUUCAGGUGAACUUCGCCUGGCCCUUGGCGGGAUCCUGAUGGACAAAGAGCAGAUGUUUGUUCAGCUGGAGCCGCACAUGGACGGCUGCGUGCGGGGGGGCAGCUGGCUGAACCUCAGCAUCCCCUGGGAGUUGGAAGCGGAGGAGCUCUGGCCCUGCCAUCAGAACAUCCAACCCGGAAGCUACUUCCCCGGCUCUGGGUUUGCCGUUUUCAACACCUCAGUUUUCCCAUUUGAAGCAGAUCUCGGGGUCAAGGUGGAAUUGCGGGGAGAUUUCAGCGAGAUGGAUGGGACCAUUUUUAGCAUCAAGGCUUCUGGGCAAAAGCUGUUAUUCGCUUUGGUGGCCAAUAAUAACACAAAGGAAAUCACACUUACUGUCGGAGAGGAAAAGGUCUCCAUGAAAGACACGUUCAAGGCCAUGGUGAUCAUCUUUCAGACGGAUUCACUGCGAGUGCUUCGAGAUGGAGACGAAUCAAACACCACUACGUUACCCAUCGGUCCGGUGAGCCACCCCGGGUAUUUGACCACGUGGAAAGAGGGCCGCCUCGCUGUCGGAGGUCUCCUAGGUGAGGAAGAGGACGAUGCUGGCUCCCAGUUUUUGACCGGCUGUCUAGAGAAGAUCCAGGUUCAAGGGAGGGAUUUGGACCUGGAUUUAGCUGUCAAACACAUGUCAAUUUCAUCUUACAGCUGCCCUGCAUAGACCACAAAACGACCCAUGUUUUUAAUAUGCAGAAUCCAUGUUUGCAGCGGAUGCCUUUGGGUACAUGAACAAAACCAAAAAGAGGUUGGGAAAGGAAAGAUUAUCUGCUAAUAGUGGACCUGUAGUUGAAUGUGGUAUUUGACCAAAUUAAAUUAAAUUAAAUUUUGCGCUUUUAAAGGAGAUUCAAACACAUAGUAACUAAGGUUUAAUAGUCACUGAAUGGGGUCUGUGUGUCACUUAGAUUUAAGACAUGGAUUUUGCACCCUCUAGUGGAUUAAAUAUCAUACUAGUUACAUCAACUGUAUAAUAAUAUAUAUUGUUGAAGAUUCAAGAGAUAAUAUUGAUUCGUCACGAAGUUGAUAUGUAAUUAAUUUGUCUGGUAAAUUAAUUGUUUGAGUUGAUUAGACUUGGAAGGAAGAAAAAUAAUCACAACAAACAGUCAUCAAAUAUAUAUCUUAAUCGUCAAUUAGAUUUUAUAAUAUUUCAAAAUACUCAUGUGGAUUAAAAAUAUACCUAUAUAA